CAAAGUCAGUUUAGAGAAUCCAAACACAUUAAAAAAUAAUUUAGAUAUCAUUCACAGCUUUAUGUUCCAAACAACUUUGCCGGAUCUCUAAAGUACAAGGUUUAUACAUUGAAAACUGAAAAUACCAUGACUUGUUCUGAACACUAAAUGAUUUUAGCAUGAAUACUAACUACCGACACAGAACAUGUGAGUGUUCUGACAUUUUAUGGUGGGCCAAUCAUACACAGUCUUGUCUCUUGAAAGUGGAGCAACCAAAGAGAUCUUAUCAGUGAAGCAAAACCCCUUAAAGAAAAUGGAUCUUCCACUGUGUGCUGGCUGUGCGAUAUGUCUGCUUUUGGGAAACCUGAUGUUUGCGACAGGUCUGGCACCGUCAUCGUCAGGUUUAAGUUUUGAAGCCGUUAAUGUUGGCCAGGAUGUGACUCUGAAAUGCUCCUAUCAGGAAAAUUCUGCAAUAGGCGCUUACUGGUACAAACAAAGUCCAGGACGGAAACCACAGCUGAUGUCGGAAUCCUUGAAACAUGCUAGGAACGGCUCUAUGAAAAGUCCGUUUAAAAACGAUCCACGGUUUGAACUGGAUACGGGCGUCGGCAAAAACAACUUGAAGAUUUCAAAUGUCCAAACGUCAGACUCGGCCAUAUACUACUGUGUAAGCGGCCACUCGUUCCAGUUCCACUUCUUGGAGGGCAUCACUGUCCAGGUGAAGGACUUAGCAUUAAUCUUCCAAACGUCGGUCUACCAGUCAGAACUGGAAACCAUUCAUCCAGGAGAUUCUGCUAUGCUGAACUGCACUGUGCACACUGGGAUCUGCGAUGGAGAACACAGAGUUUACUGGCUGAAAGACUCUGAUGAAUCUAAUCCAAGAAUCAUUUAUGCACAAGGGAACGGGAGAACCCAGUGUGAGAUGAAACCAAACAGACAAACUCACACCUGUGUGUACAACCUGCCACUGGAGAACCUGAACGCGUCUCACGCUGGGACCUACUACUGCACUGUGGCCUCGUGUGGACACAUCCUGUUUGGAAACGGGACCAAGCUGGACUACAAAGAAAACCUGGAUCCUCCUGUCCUGCUGUACGUGUUGACAGGAACUUUGGCCUUCGUCAUCGUCCUGAUGGGUCUGUUGGCGUUCAUAUCCCACAAACUGUACAAGAUGCAGAAAUGCAAUCGUGAAGACACAGGGACGUACCUCUGUGCAAGCAGCCUUUCAUUCCUGCUCACGUUUGUGAAGGGUGUUACAGUUGUUGUGAAAGAUUCAGCUGUGGGAGGCGAAGCUUCGGUCCACCAGACGCCAUCUGAAAGCGCCCGGCCAGGAGACUCGGUGACUCUGAACUCUUUGAUUUUCACCGUCGUCCUAAAUGUUUUACUGGCCGUCAAGAUGUACAAGAAACACAACAAAGACAGCUUCCAAGCUUCAGGACUGAGGCAAAUGAUACAAGUGUGGGUUGGACCCCAUUUGCAAACACAAGGAUUAAACAUAAUGACUACUCUGAAGGUUUUCUUUCUGUUCUUGGCAACAGUUGCUCCUUCGGCAGCAUUGGCACCGUCGUCCCCUUUGGAUUCUAAAUCCGUUCACGUUGGCCAGAAUGUGACCUUGAAAUGUUUCUACCAAGGCAAUAACGGACUGAUCUUUUACUGGUACAAAAAAACUGUGGGGAGAAAAGCCCAGCUCAUGGCUGAGUUCUACAAACACAAGCAAAACUGCUCUCUUCCCAGAGACCUGAUCACCAGAGAUCCACGGUUCAAACUGGAAUGCAGCAGCAGCGAAUUCCACCUGAAGAUACUAGAUGUGCAAAUGUCAGACUCGGCUACUUACUACUGUGUCAGUCUGUUUUCUCAUGCGUUUGAAUUCUUGGAGGGCAUAACUGUCCACGUGGAAGGAUCGGGCUUAAAAACCGAAGGCGUCGUAAACCUGUCAAAAUCGGAGAACGUCCGGCUGUUCGGCUCUGCGACGAUACGCUGCACGUUACGAAAUGGGACAUACGAUGGAGAGCACGGUUUAUACUGGUUCAAAGGCUCUGAAGACUCUUUCCUGAAAUUGAUUUACACCCACAAAAACAGCGACAAUGUGAGUGACAAGAAAGCAAACACAAAAGCACACAGCUGUGUGUAUGACCUGCCUCUGAAUGGCUUGGAUAAGUCUGAAGCUGUGGACUACUACUGCGCCGUCGUCUCCUGCGGACAGAUUCUGCUCGGAAACACGACUAACCUGGACUCAACAUAUGACUCAGUUACCAUAUUUCUGAGUGCAGCCUGUGCGUUCACCUCUGUCUGUCUCAGUCUUUUACUGGCUCUGUCAGUGUGCAAGAUCAUUAAGAAAACAAAAUCCAUAUUUUCUGAGCCCCAACCAAAGCGCCUGCCGGCUCAUGUGAAGAUAAGAGAAAAGAGCUAUCGCACUGCUGUAUCCGUGGCAACCAACAGAUCAAUGAGACAGAAGGACGGAGUCUGGAGUGAAUGUGUUUACUACAGAUAUUAG